AAUCUAUUUUACGAUAAGUAGAAAUUCAUAAAUUCGUAAUAUUUUACUUAUGCAUCGAUAUUUGCUUAAAAAGAAUUGUAAAAGUGAAUAUUUUACUAGAUAUUGCAGUAGGAUAAUUGUAUGGGUAGUGGCAACACUAAACUUGGUAAAAAUUUAUUUGAGAACCCAAUUUCUGGCAAAUGAAACGGUGAGCGGUGAGCGUUCACGUAACAAACAAACUCGGUUUCACGAUUCCUCGUGGUUAUCGGUUGAAUUAAUUCAAGAUUUUUGUGAGUGAAUGUUGUAAUAUCUUUAUGUAAAAACGAAAGGGAAGAAGCAUGGUCUCGGUGAUGCAGCCAUUCAUGGAUGUGGAGAGCUCGAGAAGUUACAUCGAUGAACUGUAUUCGCCAGAUCCCCAAAAAUGCUUAGAAGCUAUUAUUUGCCUGAAGAAUUCAGUCAUUGGAAGUAACAGACAGAAGGGUUCUGUAAUAGCUCAAGGCGUGGUACCGCGCUUGUUGCAGCUUCUCGGGGAUUCAUCUGGCACAAUUGGAGAUCGCAUAAGACUUGAGUCUGCCGUGACUUUGGGUUCUUUGGCCAAAGGAACAGAUCAACAUGUACUGGCACUCAUAGAUCUUGGCGUAGUGCCAUUACUUUUUCAGGUUUUAUUAUCCACACCUAUCUCAGAUGCGCAUUCAGAAGGAAAACCAAAAGUAUCAGAUUUGUUAAAUGAGGCAUGCUUACGUUGUUUACGUACAGUAUUUCAACACCCAGCAGCUCCUGUUCAUUCGAUAUAUCAAGAUCCUGCAUUGGUGCCGAGGUUGGUGUCAUUAGCCAAUCGAUCUGUGACUUGUCAAAUCUGCGUGGCAAGAAUUCUAACAACGGCAUGCAAGACAACGGAAGAGCAGAAUGCGUUAUCCAAGGGGGGUGCGGUGGAAACGUUAGCAAUGCAAUUGGAUUCUCCGUUACCUGACGUGCAAUUAUCAGCUUUGGCUUGUUUAGCGAAUAUGUGUUACAAAAAUUACAGGGUAUGUGUUAUGGUAGCUUCAGCGACCACGAGUAACUCGUUGCAGGGUAGACUUGUACCUGUAGCAUUAGGGCAACUGAUGGGUCGUGAAAAGAGCUCCUUAAUUCAACUCGAAGCUGCAAGAUGCGUUACGUAUAUGCAUAGAACUGGAGUUCUAAUAUAUAAAGAUCCAAGAAUUACAUACCGUGCAUUACCUUGUUUGGUGAGGCUCUGUCACAGAGAUCGUCCGCCUUGCGAAAGAGUGGCUGCAGCUGAAACGUUGGCUUUUCUUACCGAAGUUAAUACCGAAUUACAACGUCUAGCUUCUAUUAGUAAUCAUUUAAUUCCUACACUGGCAGAAUUAUUACGACCUCAUCCACCUGUACAAGAUGCAACUCUAUCACAAGAUAUGCGACAAGCUGCAUUUAGAGCAUUUGCAUCUCUCGGUGCCAAUGAUGAAGAUAUACGGAAACGUAUUAUCGAGACAAAAAGUCUUAUGGAGCAGGUAGUGUCGGGUCUUCAGGAUCCUGGAGGCUCUCAUGUACGUCUCGCAGCAGUUAGAUGUCUACAUUCACUUUCUAGAAGCGUUCAACAACUCCGAACGACUUUUCAAGAUCAUGCGGUUUGGAGGCCGCUUAUGCAGUUGUUGCAUGGAGCAGAUAAAGGAUUGGAGGGUAGAGGCGAAAGCGAAGUUGAUUUAUUAACUGUUGCCUCGAGUACUUUAUGUAACUUAUUAUUGGAAUUUAGUCCAAGCAAAGAACCAAUUCUUGAAUCCGGUGGAAUAGAGUUGUUGUGCUCGCUUACAAAACGAUGUACGCCAGCGUUACGUUUAAACGGAAUCUGGGCUUUGAUGAACGUCGCUUUUCAAGCUGAACAACAAGUGAAGUUACAGAUUCUAUCGUGUUUGGGAACCGAUCAAAUCUUUUGUCUCUUGGCUGAUCAAGAUAUACCAGUCUUAAUGAAGACAUUGGGUUUAUUACGAAAUUUGCUUUCUACUAAAGCGCACAUUGAUCGCAUAAUGGGCGAACACGCUGCACACGUUAUGCAAGCUGUAAUAUUGGUUUUGGAAGAUCCAAGACAUCCAGCCGACGUGAAGGAACAAGCUCUAUGUAUUUUAGCAAAUGUAGCCGAUGGCAAUCGAGCGAAAGAUCAUAUUAUGGCUAACGAAGAUGUGCUUAAAAAGCUUAUGGAUUACAUGAUGCAUAAUAACGUAAAGCUGCAAGUCGCGGCAGUUUUUUGUGUGUGCAACCUAGUCUGGAGAGAGGAACCUGGAGCUGCGCAGCGGCAAACACGUUUAAGAGAAUUAGGCUUUUAUCGUAUUCUACAACAAUUACGUCAUAGCAAGGACCUUCAAUUAUUCGAUAAGGUGAGAACUGCCAUGGCACAAUUUUACGAUGCCUAAAUUUAAACAUGUUACCGAUGCAAAUUAGGUUUUGAUUUAGAAUUCUUUUAUACUUGAAAUACAAUUAUAUUUUGGUGUUAACACUGUGAUCCUGUACUUUGUUAAUGCAUAAGCGUUUUAUAUUUAUAUAGGAAAGAUACAAAAACGAUGUCUCAAU